UCAAUCAGUAUUGCAGUAGUACUCAAGAAUAGACCUCUCAGAAUACAGUACCAUUGCAUUUCUUUAAUUUACUAUUGCCACUAUGAAGCUACUUGCAAUUAUUCUAGUCUGCUCCCAGCUGUGUCUUAAAGGGGCCCAUUCUGAAAUGCUUCCAACUUUUUGUGAUGACAGUUUAGUUGAAGCUGCUGUGGACGAGGCAAUCAAAACCUACAACAAAGAACUGGUGUCAGGCAAUCAGUUUGCACGCUACCAAAUUAUUAAUGCCAAGAAAUCUGAAAAUGGCUCACAGACAACCUACAAAGUCAAAUAUAGUGUCAGAGAAUCCAACUGCCCAGUAGGGGGAGACAAAAUCUGGCUGGAAUGUGACUACCUGCCGGAGGGUAAAGCUGAACUGCGACCCUGCACAGCUGUGGUAAAACAUUCUGAGGAAACCAACGAGGUUGUUUCAGUUGCCUGUCAUGCCCUUGACGAGGAACGUACUGUUGUUAAACAUUACCAUUGUCUUGGAUGCCCUCAGGAAAUACCGACCAAUAACACUGAACUAAUGAAGGCUUUGCAACAUGCGCUAAAAAAAUUUAACAAUGAAAGCAACUUCCCAAAACAUUUCGUCAUUUCAGCGAUCAAGAAAGCUACAAGACAGGUGGUAGCUGGGUGGAAGUACGAUGCUCAUUUUGAGAUCCAUCAGAGCAAUUGUUCAAAAGCAGAAUUUGAGGAGAUAACACCUGAAUGUCAGCCAGAAAACUCAGUUGUCGGUAAUUGCAACGCUUCAAUUUAUGUUGUACCAUGGAAAGGAGAAGUACAUCCUGAUGUAAACUGUGAAACCGAGGAAAUACCGACUGUGUUUUUAAGGAUGCCCCCAGGCAUGUCUCCCUUCCGCACUGUCCUUCUCGAUGUCGAUAACACAAAGCCCAGCGAUCUCCAAAGAGAUGGAGAUGGGGAGCAAGAAGAAGGGAAAAAAUCUUCUGAUGAAUCUAAGGAACACGUGACACAGAGUCCUGACACUCUUCCAACAGACUCCAAACAUGCUGGUGGAGAAGAAUCCCAGGAACAGGCAGCAGGAUCAGGUCCCAUUACACUUGACCCAACUGGCCCUAUAGGAUCAGGUCCUGGGCUAGUUGGAGGGCCUGGACCUGUGGAUCUGCAUCACCUGUUCCACUGCCCCAGCAAACCAUGGAAGUCUGUUGAUUCCCAUGUGGUUAUUCAUGCCCCACAGCCUGAAUCAGUUGCUGUAGUGCCUGAGGACACGUCGAAGCAAAGUGGCACAUUCAGCGAUGCCGACCUGUUGGCAGGUCUGUAAAGAGCCUGUUCACACCUUGAAGCUUGACCUCAGUGUCUUCUUGUGUAGCUGGAAAUUAGUUUGCUACUCAGUUUGGAACCUAAACAUACAUUUAAAUUUGUGUUUGAUCCCAGCUGAUGUAUUUUAUUCAAUAAAAGCCCCAUUUCACAAUCCUAGUUAAAUAAUGAAACUUAAAUAUUUCUUAAGUGCCUUUAUUUGUGAAGGAUAUAAAUAAACUAUACCCCCAAAAAUGUAUCAAGCUUGAUUACCUUGACCUUUUGUUCUGUAUGAACCACCAUAUUAGCAAAUUUUUCAGACCUUAUUUUGGUAAAUCUGUACAGUUACAAAAGGCUUUAGGUAAUUGAACACAAUUACAUGUUUUACCACUCUGACUUGUAUUAAAAAAGACACUGUGCAUUUUUAAAGGGUGCAAAGUCUUACUAAAAGGUGUACUGCUCUGUAUGUCAAUGUUGAAAAGUGUCUCACUUCAUAAUAAAAUUGUGUUUAAAACUG